AUGGCAAGGCGACCACAACAAAGCGGCCGCAGCAAGGUGUCCAUAACACGAGGUCCACAACAAAGGGGCAACUUAAAGGCAGCCACAGCAAAGGGGCCACAACAUGGCGGCCACAGCAACGGGGGCCACACAGCAGCAAUAGAACAUGGGGCCACAGCAAGGCUGCCACAACAAGGGGGCCAUAGCAAGGGGGCCACAAGAAAGGAGCCACAACACGGGGGCCACACAAAGGGCGCCAUAGCAUGGGGCCACAGCAAGGGGACCAUACCAAAGUGGGCCACAACAAGGCGGCCACAGCAAGGGUGCCAUAGCAAGAGGGUCUCAGCAAGGGGGCCACAACAAGGUCGCCUCAGCAAGGGUGGCACAACCAAGGGCCACAGCAAAGGGGUCACAACAAGGCGGCCACAGCAGGGCUGCUACACCAAGGCGGCUGCAACAAGUCGACCACAGGAAGAGGGCCACAGUAAGGCGACCACAACAAGAGGGCCACAGCAAGGAGGCCACAACAAGGGGACCAAAACAAGGCGGCCACAACAUGGUGGCCAGAGCAAGGGGGCUUCAACAAGGCGGCAGGAUCUAGUGGGACACAACAAGGCGGCCACAGCAAAAAGCCACAAUAAGGCUGGUAGAGCAAGGGGCCACAAGAAGAUGGCCACAACAAGGUAG